AUGCGCCCCGGCUCGAAACGCUCCCUGGAGGAGCUUGCCAUCAAGUCCGACUCAGAUGACGAGGACUGGACCGGAGAAUCGAAACGUCCCACUUCGCGAAAAGGAUCCGGAAAGUCCAAGUCAAGUCCUCGAAAGCGGGCAAAAACAUCCAAGAAGCGCCGCCGCAACUCCAACGACGACCUUGGUUCCGACGAUGAGGAUUUCACCAGCGACGAUGAUAUCUCAAUAGAGGAAUCCGAGGAAUCAGAUGAUCCCAAUGUGGAGCGAAAUGUUCGCGGGACGGCGCGUCGGCGAAUAACUCAGAUCAAGCCCGCGUAUGAGGAAUCUGAUCCGGAUGAGGAAAAAUCCCUGAUUGACGAGGAAGAGGAAGAAAAAGACGAGGUGGAGCUCGUUGUUGGAUCUCCUAUCAAAUCGCCAGUGAAGAAGACGAGAAGCAGUGUCGUCACUUUGAAGCUGCCUCCCGAAGUCCUGGCAAAUCCCGAGCUCAUAGGAACCCGACGAACCACUCGUCGCACACGAGGCGCGUCGGAAGACAUUUACGCCUUAACAAACUCAGGCCGGCACAUGGAAACCGUCGAGAGAGGCACGAAAAGCCCCUCACCCUUUGUGGCUCACCGUGGAUCCCGAGCAGGCAAACAUCCUGCUGUCAUCGAAGAAGCCGUAGAGACUUCUGCGGAGAUUCAAGCUUCGUUAGAAGUGUUGGAAAGUGACGCACCCGCUGAAGGUGAUACCACGAUGGCUCCAGAUGCGACCCAAGAACAAGCCGAUAUCGAUAUGACUGCCGAUGAGGGCUUCGUUCCUGAAUCCGAACAUGGCGAAGCCAAGAAUGAGGACGGAGAUGAAGAUGAAGAUGAAGACUUCCCCACCACCCGGCGACGAAGCAGACUGAAUCGCCCUGGCCUGAAAGAUGAGGCCGACAAUGAAGAGCAGGAUGCACCUGCGGAGGGCGAAGAUGAGCAUCAGCCACGUCGGUCUAGUCGCAAGAAGCCGUCUAAAAGCUCACAGCGUAAAGCUGGUGAUGAUGAGAGCGACUUCGAACCUGAGCCUGAAGAUUCCAAUGAUGACGAGGCGUCAGAAUCUGGCAAGUCAGCUGCUUCUCCGCAGAAGAGCCAGCCGCAAGAUGAGGAAGAAGACAGCAUCACUGGUCGCCGCGCUGGUCUGCGCAAGCGCCCUUCACGGUCUCGGGGAGAGUCAGAAGUUGCCGACGAACUUGCCGAGGAGCUCCAAGACUUGCGUGGUUCACGCGCCCGGAGACGUACUCGUCAUACUCAGAAUGAUGAUGUAUACGAGAAGCCACGCCGCAAUCGCAAAGAUGUUGACUACCGGAUCAUCCGUCCUGAUCUGUUACUGCCAAUGGAAGACGCUGAUCAUGACGCUAUUACUGAAUCUCCCUCUCGUCGUGGACGCGGUGGAGGGGGUGGAGGUUGGCAACGAUCCCUCUUUGCGACCUCCGGUCCCUUUGGUGGCGGUGGCCCAUUAGCUGUCCUUGCACCCCCGGGUGCUCCUGCUGCCGUUGGAGGUGCCGAUAGCGACAGUAGUGAUGAUGAGUUUGCUCAACAACCAAAAAACGCUACUGGUCUUGUUCCUCAGGCCCAUUCGGGCGAUGCCGCUCAACACCUUGCUGGUACGCCAGCUAACUUUGGCAAGGUCAAAGACAAGCAGACAUUAGCAGAUGCGGAUCCACUCGGUGUCGAUAUGACUGUUAAUUUUGACAGUGUGGGUGGUCUUCAAGGACAUAUUGAUCAACUCAAAGAAAUGGUCUCUCUUCCACUGCUGUAUCCAGAGAUCUUUCAACGGUUCCAUAUUGUUCCUCCACGAGGUGUACUCUUCCAUGGACCGCCCGGAACUGGUAAAACACUACUUGCCCGCGCUUUGGCGAACAGUGUCAGUUCGGAAGGCCGAAAGGUCAGUUUUUAUAUGAGGAAGGGUGCAGACACGUUAAGCAAAUGGGUUGGUGAGGCUGAGCGCCAGUUACGACUUCUCUUCGAAGAAGCUCGUAAGAACCAGCCCAGUAUUAUCUUUUUUGAUGAAAUCGAUGGUUUGGCUCCUGUACGAUCUAGCAAGCAAGAACAAAUCCAUGCCUCCAUUGUCUCAACUCUCCUUGCAUUGAUGGAUGGCAUGGAUGGUCGAGGCCAAGUUAUUGUCAUCGGUGCUACUAAUAGACCCGACUCCGUUGAUCCUGCACUGCGCCGCCCUGGUCGUUUUGAUCGCGAGUUUUAUUUCCCUCUCCCCAAUAUCGAGGGUCGACGCGCUAUUUUGGAUAUUCAUACAAAGGGCUGGGAUCCUGCUCUCCCAGGCGACAUCAAAGAUGAACUUGCUAAAAUUACGAAGGGAUACGGUGGUGCUGAUUUGCGCGCUCUUUGCACCGAGGCCGCGCUGAAUGCUGUACAACGCAAAUACCCCCAGAUCUAUAAAUCAGACAAAAAGCUCAUUAUAGAUCCAAAAAAUAUCGAUAUUCUCCCCAAGGAUUUCAUGAUUGCCGCCAAGAAGAUGGUCCCUUCUUCCGAGCGCUCUACAUCUUCGGGAGCAUCAGCAUUGCCACAGAAUGUUGAGCCUUUGCUGCGACAGUCGUUGGCAGACAUUGAAAAGGCACUGUCAGAGGUUCUUCCGCAACGGAAGAGACUUACUGCUUUGGAAGAAGCACAGUAUGAGGAGCCUGCAGAUGGUAAUGGGUUCCGCCGCGAGCAGAUGAUGCAGGAGUUUGACCGCGGUCGCGUUUUCCGACCACGAAUGCUCCUUCGGGGUUCCCAAGGAAUGGGUCAGCAAUACUUAGCCGCUGCCUUGCUGCAUCAUUUCGAGGGUCUGCAUGUUCAAGCCUUUGAUCUUCCCACAUUGCUAAGCGACUCCACCCGUUCACCGGAAGCUACUGUCAUCCAACUUUUUGCCGAAGUUAAGCGACAUAGGCCAAGUGUGAUCUAUAUACCCAAUAUCCAGUCUUGGUUCGAGACAGUUGGACCAACUGUCAUCUCUACAUUUAUUGGUCUGUUGCGGUCGAUACCACCAUCCGACCCUGUUCUGUUACUUGGUGUUUUAGAGUCUGGCGGCGAAGAAAUGGAUGUUGCAUUACUCAGACAGCUGUUUGGAUUCUCAAAGAAGAAUUUGUUCGAUCUCCCGGCUCCUAGCAGGCUUGCGCGCCAUGAAUUCUUCGGAAAACUCAUCGAAUACGUCCAAACGGCUCCGGCCGAUUUUCCUGAUCCCGAAAACCGCAAGAAGCGCCAACUUGAGGAGUUAGAAGUUGCGCCUCCGCCUCCUCCGGUGAGCGAGACGCAGCUUAGCAAAGAACAACGCAAAGCUCAGAAGAAGAAAGAUCGUCAAACCCUAAACCUUCUGAAGAUUCGCAUUCAACCAAUCAUGGACCAAAUUAAGAAGUAUAAGCGAUUCCGCGCUGGUGUCGUUGAUGAGACUCAGAUUCGAUAUCUAUGGGAUGAAGCAGAUCCAAACAUGGUCACUAGCGAUCUCCCUCCCGAGGAGCAAGGGAUUUAUCGGCCGUAUGAGAAGGGGGUUGACAAACAUGGUGUUCCUGGUCUUCGGGAAGUUGCCACCGAAAAGUUCUUUUACAACAUGGAGAUCGUGACAAUCGAAAAGCGUCUUUCAAAUGGCUAUUACAAGCGCCCCAGCGACUUCCUGGCAGAUAUCAAGCGGAUCGCGAAGGAUGCGCGUCAAUUGGGAGAUCAGGAACGACUGUUGCGAGCCAAUGAGCUGUUGUCCAACGUUGAAGUUGAUAUUUCCGCUAUUGAACAAGCCGAACCGGCCCUUGUUUCAGAAUGCGAGAAUGUCUAUUUGCGGGAGGUUGCUCGUGAGAAGGAAGCUAUUGAACGCGUCCGCAAAGCGGAAGAAGAAGAGACAGAAAAGCUGCGACAGGAAGAAGAAGCGGCGGGUAAUGUCCCACACGGUAAUACCGAGUCAGACCUGUCCAGUGGCCCGGUUCGUUUGGGCGAGUCGUUUCCAGGACUUGGGGACACAACCGCUCGUCCUGUGACGCCUACUCGACAGUCCAAUGUGAGCUUUACAAAUGGUUAUCACAAUGGCGGCGGAUCUGACUUGAACGAGCUUGGUCCCAACGGACAGAGCAAUGGCUCACACGGAGAUGGAGAUGGAGAUGUUUUCAUGUCCAACUCUGACGAGCACUCUGGCCUCAAAGAUACCCAGAACAGCUCGUUUGGGCCUUCUGCUCAGCCCAAGCCUCCUUACUCACACACUGCGCCAUCUCAGCAAAUCCGACGUGAAUCUGGAAUGUCUAGCUUAUCUCAAAAGGGGCCCAUGACACCAAUGGCCCCCGGAUCUCAGCCUGGAGAUUACACCAACGAAGCGUCUACAACUCAGACUACUUCCUACAAAAAGUCUUCCAACCAAUCUUCAAACCAGCACGACCACACCCAAAGCCCUCACGUCUCCCGCCAUGAAUACCCCGAUCUCACUCCAUACCCCGACCGUGUGUCUCAGGAGGAAUACCUUCCCGAUACCCAACAAGGAGGUAGCAGUCAGCCCUCCCCUCGACCCCGUGAUUCGCUUGAUCAUGGCGCCACUGGAAGUCAAUCACAGUCAAAGCCUCACCCUCCGCUGUUUGAUGGUACCUCCAAGGCCCCAAAUUACGCCCCAACCAAUUUGCAAUCUUUGCUUAUUGACGAGCCGGUUCCUGAACUGGAAAUUGAUCUUGCAUACGUUGAACACCUGCAUGGUCUGUUGACCGAGCAGACAAGUGGUCAUUCCGUUGAACAGCUAGAGCAAAUCAACACAUACUUGAUGGACUAUGUGUGGCACAUGCGCGGCGAGUGGAACCGCACUAUUGUGGCCAAGGGUGUUGCCCAGACCUUCAACGAAGUCUUAGAUGACAUGCAGGCCGUGCAAGAGGUCGGAUUGACUAGCCACGAAGCCGAGGCAGAGGCCAAUUACCCAUCUCACAACCGCGUAGUCUUCUAG